AUGUGCGAUUUGGGCUUGCAAGGGUUGGCGAAGAGGAUGCGGGCUGGGGAGACGCCAAGGGAGAGGACGGAUCAACAAAAUCUUGAACAAAAUAGAUUCAUCACAUCUAACUCUCUGUCUCCCUCAAUCUGCGGAUGGUACUCCUCACAGUCAUGUUCUUCUAUUUUUCUUUCUAUCUGCAUUUCUGCAGCUGUUUUGUGUGCUGAAAGAGGGAUGAGAUCACAUUUGCUGUUGAGAGGGGAGCAACCUCAGAUUCUUACUGGCUAUAAUCUUAUCUCCAAAAUGUAUGGACAUGUCAGCUAUGUUCCAAGAUCGGUUUAUGCAGAUAGGGAAGCCAUGCCGAAGGGCCAUGCUGAUUUGUUGGCCGGGAGCCAUGGUCAUGUUCUGUGGUGUAGUGACAUUGCUAAAGCUUCUUUUGCUGACGAAAGCAAAGCUAGGUGGAAUAAUGUUGGUGUUGGUAGUGAGGAGGAUUGA